UCCUGCGCGCCCCAUCGCCGUGCGCUGAGGAAAAUGAGGUGGUAACGGGGCCCCGGAUGACCCCUCGUCACCACUGUGAGGCCUACAGCUCUGCCGGGGAGGAGGAGGAGGAAGAGGAAGAGGAGGAGAAGAAUGUUUCUCCAUCCCAGAGAGAUGAAGUGAUUCAGUGGCUGGCCAAACUCAAGUACCAAUUCAAUCUUUACCCAGAAACAUUUGCUCUGGCCAGCAGUCUUUUGGACAGGUUCUUAGCUACUGUAAAGGCCCACCCAAAAUACCUGAGCUGUAUUGCAAUCAGCUGUUUUUUCCUAGCUGCCAAGACUGUUGAGGAAGAUGAGAGAAUACCAGUACUGAAGGUGUUGGCAAGAGAUAGUUUCUGUGGAUGUUCUUCAUCUGAAAUUCUGAGGAUGGAGAGAAUUAUUCUGGAUAAGUUGAAUUGGGAUCUUCACACAGCCACACAAUUGGAUUUUCUUCACAUCCAACUUCUGCAAUUCAAAGGAUCCAUGCUUGCCCUGGCCAUGGUUAGUUUGGAAAUGGAGAAACUCAUUCCUGAUUGGCUUCCUCUUACAAUUGAACUGCUUCAGAAAGCACAGAUAGAUACCUCCCAGUUGAUCCACUGUCGGGAGCUUGUGGCACAUCACCUUUCUACUCUGCAGUCUUCCCUGCCUCUAAAUUCCGUUUAUGUCUACCAUCCCCUCAAGCACACCCUGGUGACCUGUGACAAAGGAGUAUUCAGAUUACAUCCCUCCUCUGCCCCAGGCCCAGAUUUCUCCAAGGACAACAGCAAACCAGAAGUGCCAGUCAGAGGUACAGCAGCCUUCUACCAUCAUCUCACAGCUGCCAAUGGGUGCAAGCAUACCUCUGCUAAAUGCAAAGUAGAGGAAAUGGAAGUGGAUGACUUCUAUGAUGGGAUCAAACGGCUCUAUAAUGAAGAUAAUGCUUCAGAAAAUGUGGGUUCUGUGUGUGGCACUGAUUUAUCAAGGCAAGAGGGACAUACUUCCCCUUGUCCACCUUUGCAGCCUGUUUCUGUCAUGUAGCUCCAGGUGUUACCUUCAAGUGCAAACUAAGGUAAACUACUGU